AUGUCAUCAUCAACUAGCUAUGAUUUUGGCAGUCCCUUCAAAACCCCAUCAAAAAGCAAGCCAGCAAUAAUUUAUCAAGAAAUUUCUGACUUGUCCUUUAAUCAAUUCUUACAAAUUGGCCAACAACAAGAAAUUGAAGAAAUUCCGGAUGAAGAAAUUGCCAAAGUUGAUGAAAUGAUGGAUCUUCACGAUACAGACGAAGAAGAAGAUUUAAUCCAUGAAAAAUCAGCAAUUUUUGAUGAUGAAGAAGAUAUUCCUGAUAGUCGUUCAACUCCAAGCUUUACUCCGAGAAAAGCUGCGUUUAUUGCUAGGAGAGAAUCACAAAGUGCAACUGUGAUUGAGUUGACUAAAUUAGUCAAGCAAAUGAAGGAUGUUUCUGAUGAUGCUAAAUCUACCAAUUCGAAAAUUUCAACCAUUUUGUUAAUUGUUGUUGCUGUGGUUGCAAUUUUGUUUGUUUCAUCAAAUAGACCUUAUUGUAAUGAAUAUUCUUGGUAUCCAUGUCAACAAUGUCCAAGAAAUGCCGAAUGUUCUCUAUUUUCAAUUCAAUCAUGUAUUUCACCAAAUUACAUUGUUCAUGAUAAUCAAGUUUGUGUUCGUAAUGAUAGUACUGGAAUUUUGGGUUAUAAAUUUGCAAAUAUUGCAAAGGAUCAUCUUGAAAAUUUAGCUUACAGAGUGGAUUGUUUAGGAAAUAGCAAAGUUAGUAAGAAAGUUAAAAGUGACCAAUUAUUUGACAUGCUUAUUGAAAAGACUCUUAAGGAAUAUUCACAAAAUAGACCUGACACUACUUAUUCACAUGCAUUCAAUACCAUGAUUUCAAUCUUUGAAAAUAAUGAGGAUGUUUUCAAGAUUAAUGUUGAAACAGAUCAAACAUUUAUUUCUUCCAGAUUCCAAAGUAUUGGUUCAUGCCUUUUGACAAAGUAUCAUUUCAAACCAUAUAAUCGUGAAAGAGAUCCAAAAAAGACCAUUACUGAAUUGACCACUCUUAAGGAAGAAGAAGAAACUCAAUCUCCACAAGUUACUGAACCAUCUUCUGAAAAGCUUGUUGAAACUCCAAAACCAGAAACUCCACAAGAGGUUUUAUCUGAAAAUGUUAAAGAAGAAACUAAGCCAACCACCACACCUUCUGAAACAACACCAAAUUUGGAAACUGAAACAACACCAAAAACUGUAGACGAAACAACCACUACUCCUCAAUCUGAAACACCAAAAACUGUAGAUGAAGAUAAUUCAUUCUAA